AUUCCAGUUACAAUUCUACAAGCACCACUACAGUCCAACACUGUCCAGAACUCUCUUCCCCACUUUUGCACUUGGAUCAAAUGCUAAACCAUAUUACAAACUCACUUUCGAAAUCAUAACUUCUGAUUAGAAGGAAAAAUAUGGCAGUAUGUGGAGCUGAUGCUUGAGCCACUGUAAACCUGAUAGGUUAAUUUUGCUACAAACUGAAGAAACUACAGUCAGAGACAAUGGACCAAGAGGGAGAGACCAUAUCCUUUCUGACUCAGCAACAAGCUAUGGAAAUCGAUGACCUACUAACGGGUCAACUCGGUUUCAGCAUCGACCAGCUCAUGGAACUUGCUGGUGUGAGUAUUGCAUCUGCAAUAGCUGAUGUCUACAAGCCAGACAAAUAUAGCCGUGUUCUUGUAAUAUGUGGUCCCGGAAAAAAUGGUGGUGAUGGUCUUGUAGCCGCACGUCAUUUGCAUCAUUUUGGGUACAAGCCGUGCAUUUGUUAUCCCAAGCGUACCCCAAAACCUCUGUUUUCCAAUCUUACUAUCCAGCUCGAGUCAUUGUCCAUUCCUUUUCUUUCCAUACAAUGCCUACCUGCAGAGCUAAAUAACUUUGACAUUCUAGUGGAUGCAAUAUUUGGCUUCUCCUUCCAAGGAAAUCCUAGACCACCUUUUGACCAUCUGAUAAAUAACAUUGCAUCCUUAAGAGAACAUUAUUACGAGGAACAUCACAAAUCACCUGUCAUUGUGUCUGUGGAUAUUCCUUCCGGCUGCCAUGUUGAAGACGGAGAUUUGAGUGGUGAAGGCAUUAAACCGGAUAUGCUGGUGUCUUUAACAGCUCCAAAGCUAUGCGCGAAAACAUUUCAUGGUCCCCACCACUUUUUGGGUGGGAGAUUUGUGCCUUCAUAUAUUGUACACAAAUACAAGCUGCAACUUCCACCUUAUCCAGGCACUUCUAUGUGUGUCCGAAUUGGAAAGCCGCCUCAAGAUAAUGAAAACGGUUCAGUACCACCUAAGUUUCUUGAGAAGGACAUGGAGGCCAAUCCUUUUAUUCAGUUCAAGGCUUGGUUUAACGAUGCAGUUACAGCAGGUCUAAAGGAACCUGAUGCUAUGGCCCUCUCAACUGCCACGAAAGAUGGGAAAACUUCAUCGCGCAUAGUCCAACUAAAGGGAGUUGACCAAGGAGGAUUUGUCUGGUGCAGUAACUAUAAAAGUCGGAAAGGGCUUGAAAUAUCAGAAAAUCCUCAUGCAGCUCUUCUUUUCUACUGGAGUGCCUUGAAUCGCCAGGCAAAUAUUGUAAGAAUUGAAGGGUUUGUGCAGAAAGUUUCUGAUGAAGAGUCCGAGAAAUACUUCUCUAGCCGUCCACGAGAGCUUCAAAUUGCACCAGCUGUUAGCAAGCAGAGCACUGAAAUUCCGGAAAGAGAAUAUCUGCUUCAGCAGUGUAAAGAAUUGGAGGAGAAAUAUCCACAGGGAAGUAAAAUCCCAAAGCCCCAACACUGGGGAGGAUACAGACUCAUACCCGAGAGAUUUGAAUUUUGGCAAGGAGAUGAAUCCUCUGUACAAAUAAGGUUGAGAUACAUUGCUGAAGGCAUUAACGGCAAAAGAGACUGGAGAAUCGUCUGAUAGUGAAUACAUUGUAGUACUUGAAAAUUGUCUAAUAGUCCAAUCAUUGGCAUACUCAACAAGCUUAAAACUUGUAGAUAUUACUUACUAGUUGUACUUGGUAUAAAGUCCUUGAAAUGUUUGGCUGUAAAUGUGAAUGGGUUUUNUUGUU